GUGAGGUCAGAGCCGGCGGCUUUCCCGGGAGCUCGGUGUUUGGGGCGUCUGCAGCAGCGAGAGCGGCGGCUCUUCCCUGGAACUGUCUCCGUCCCUGCCUUCCAGGAUCCGCCGGCCCGCGGGUGGGGAGGCCCUCGAGGAGUCGGAGUGCCUCGAGGGCCAGGUCCACGCGAGAGGAGGGCGAGGCCCGGGAUCCCGUGGCCGACGGGGCGGAGGAGGGGCCGGCAUCUCCUCAGCUGUGUCCGCUGCGGCCCGGGAGCUUCCUCGCCUCCCCGCGGACCACCGGGGUCCUGGAGCCUGGACCUCUCCGCGUCCCUUCCCCGGGAUCCCACCUCCUGCCUUUGAAGAGGGCUCUCGUGGAGGAGACGCGCCCGGCUGCCGACUCCCUUCCCGGCCCAGAACCCGCCAGGACCUCAGGGCGAGGUAGCGGUCGACUUGCAACACAUCCCAGAGUCCCAGGGUGUUGUACCCUAACGUUGACCCGGAGGGACUCGCUGUCACUAUGGGAAACCAGCUCGCUGGCAUUGCUCCCUCCCAGAUCCUCUCAGUGGAGAGUUAUUUCUCAGACAUCCAUGACUUUGAAUAUGAUAAGAGUCUGGGGAGUACUCGCUUUUUUAAAGUUGCUCGAGCGAAGCACCGAGAAGGCCUGGUGGUUGUGAAGGUCUUUGCCAUUCAGGAUCCCACCUUGCCUCUAACCAGCUAUAAACAGGAGCUUGAGGAACUAAAAAUCAGGCUUCAUUCUGCACAGAACUGUCUGCCUUUCCAGAAAGCAGCAGAAAAAGCGUCCGAGAAAGCGGCCAUGCUCUUCAGGCAGUAUGUGCGAGACAACCUCUACGACCGCAUCAGCACCCGUCCCUUCCUCAACAACACGGAGAAGCGCUGGGUGGCUUUCCAGAUCCUGACCGCUGUGGACCAAGCGCACAAGUCUGGAGUCCGUCACGGGGACAUCAAGACCGAGAAUGUCAUGGUCACCAGUUGGAACUGGGUCCUGCUAACUGAUUUUGCCAGCUUUAAACCCACGUAUCUUCCAGAGGACAACCCAGCGGAUUUCAACUAUUUUUUUGACACUUCCCGGAGAAGAACUUGUUACAUUGCUCCUGAGCGCUUUGUUGAUGGUGGGUUGUUUGCCACUGAGUUAGAGUACAUGCGAGAUCCUUCCACUCCGCUUGUGGACUUGAAUAGCAGCCAGAGAACAGGAGGAGAGUUGAAGCGAGCCAUGGAUAUCUUUUCAGCAGGUUGCGUGAUAGCUGAGCUUUUUACAGAAGGCGUGCCACUGUUUGAUCUCUCUCAACUUUUGGCUUAUAGAAAUGGACAGUUUUUCCCUGAACAAGUGCUAAAUAAAAUUGAAGAUCGCAGUAUCAGAGAAUUGGUAACUCAGAUGAUUCACCGUGAACCAGAGAAACGUUUAGAGGCAGAAGAUUACCUAAAGCAGCAGCGUGGCAAUGCCUUUCCUGAAAUAUUCUACACUUUCCUUCAGCCCUACAUGGCUCAGUUUGCCAAGGAAACAUUUCUGUCUGCAGACGAACGUAUUCUGGUCAUAAGGAAGGAUUUGGGCAACAUUAUUCACAACCUCUGUGGACACGAUUUGCCAGAAAAGGCUGAAGGAGAGCCUAAGGAAAACGGGCUGGUCAUCUUGGUGUCCGUUAUAACGUCCUGCCUACAGACCCUUAAGCACUGUGAUUCCAAACUCGCUGCUCUGGAACUCAUUCUCCGCUUGGCCCCGAGAUUAAGCGUAGAAAUUCUUUUGGAUCGUAUCACUCCAUAUCUUUUGCAUUUCAGCAAUGACUCUGUUCCUCGAGUGAGGGCCGAAGCCUUGCGGACGUUAACCAAGGUUCUCGCUCUUGUCAAAGAGGUUCCUCGCAACGAUAUCAACAUCUACCCAGAAUACAUCCUGCCAGGCAUAGCCCACUUGGCCCAGGAUGACGCAACUAUCGUCAGACUAGCCUAUGCUGAAAACAUAGCUCUGCUGGCAGAAACAGCUUUGAGAUUCCUGGAACUGGUUCAGUUAAAAAAUCUCAAUAUGGAAAAUGACCCAAAUAGUGAAGAAAUAGAUGAAGUUACACAUCCCAAUGGAAAUUAUGACACAGAGCUCCAAGCCUUACAUGAAAUGGUCCAGCAGAAAGUUGUCACUUUGCUAAGUGACCCUGAGAACAUUGUGAAACAGACCUUAAUGGAAAAUGGGAUAACACGUCUGUGUGUCUUUUUUGGACGUCAGAAAGCCAAUGACGUUUUACUCUCCCACAUGAUCACUUUCCUGAAUGAUAAAAAUGAUUGGCAUCUGCGUGGAGCCUUUUUUGAUAGUAUAGUUGGUGUUGCUGCCUACGUUGGCUGGCAGAGCUCCUCGAUCCUCAAACCCCUGCUGCAGCAAGGGCUCAGUGACGCCGAGGAGUUUGUUAUUGUGAAAGCUCUGAAUGCCCUUACCUGUAUGUGCCAGUUAGGGCUGCUUCAGAAACCCCAUGUCUAUGAAUUUGCCAGUGAUAUUGCCCCCUUUCUGUGUCAUCCCAACCUGUGGAUCCGGUAUGGUGCUGUGGGGUUCAUCACGGUGGUCGCUCACCAGAUCAGCACAGCGGAUGUCUACUGCAAGCUGAUGCCUUACCUUGAACCAUACAUCACUCAGCCCAUAAUACAGAUUGAAAGAAAACUUGUUCUGCUCAGUGUUUUAAAAGAGCCAGUAAGUCGAUCUAUAUUUGAUUAUGCUUUGAGGUCUAAGGACAUUACUAGCUUGUUCAGACAUCUGCACAUGCGACAGAAGAAACGACACGGGUCUCUUCCUGCCUGCCCCCCACCUGAGGACCCCGCCAUAGAACAGCUGCUGAAGAAGUUGCUCUCACAGGGAAUGACAGAGGAGGAGGAGGACAAGCUUCUGGCACUGAAAGACUUCAUGAUGAAAUCUAACAAAGCAAAGGCCAAUAUUGUGGACCGGAGCCAUCUGCAUGAUAGUGGCCAGAAAGGAGUCAUUGACUUGGCAGCCUUGGGCAUAACUGGGAGGCAGAUUGAUCUUGUUAAAACCAAACAGGAACCAGAUGACAAGCGAGCUAGAAAACACGUGAAACAAGACUCAAAUGUAAAUGAAGAAUGGAAAAGCAUGUUUGGGUCCCUGGAACCGCCGAGCAUCCCGCAGGCCCCACCUAAAGGGAGCGACCAGGAGGUGAUUCAGCCUGGGAAGCCCCCACGUUCCGAGUCCUCUGCUGGCAUCUGCGUCCCCUUGUCCACUUCUCCUCAGGUUGCAGAAGUGACGAACGUGCAGAGCAGAAAGCCGGCGGUACAGGUUUUGAGCAGCACAGUCGUGCCGUCUGCCUACCAGGUGCGGGUGACCACGUGCAAGACCGAGCUUCAGCAGCUCCUGCAGCAGAAGCGGGAGCAGUGCAGUGCCGAGCGGAUGGCCAAGCAGAUGAUGGAGAAUGCAGAGUGGGAGAGCAAACCGCCACCGCCCGGGUGGCGUCCCAAGGGGCUCCUGGUUGCACACCUUCAUGAGCACAAGUCCGCUGUGAACCGCAUCAGAGUCUCUGACGAGCACUCGCUGUUCGCGACGUGCUCGAACGACGGCACGGUGAGGGUCUGGAACAGCCAGAAGAUGGAGGGGAAGACCACCACCACCAGGUCUGUUCUCACAUACGGCCGCAUUGGGGGACGUGUCAAGACGCUCACCUUCUGCCAGGGGUCCCACUACUUGGCCAUCGCGUCUGAUAACGGGGCUGUCCAGCUGCUUGCGGUCGAGGCGUCUAAGCUGCCCAAGUCCCCUAAAAUUCAUCCUCUGCAAAGCAGAGUCCUGGACCCGAAGGAGGAUGGCUGUGUCGUGGACAUGCACCACUUCCACUCCGGGGCGCAGUCCGUCCUGGCCUAUGCCACCGUGAACGGCUCCCUGGUGGGCUGGGACCUCAGGUCGUCCAGCAACGCGUGGACACUCAGGCACGACCUGAAGGCGGGCCUCAUCACCUCCUUCGCCGUGGACACCCACCAGUGCUGGCUGUGCAUCGGGACCAGCAGUGGGACCAUGGCCUGUUGGGACAUGAGGUUCCAGCUGCCGAUUUCCAGUCACUGUCAUCCCUCCCGGGCUCGCGUCAGACGCCUGUCCAUGCACCCCCUGUACCAGUCCUGGGUGAUUGCAGCUGUUCAGGGCAACAACGAGGUCUCCAUGUGGGACAUGGAAACGGGCGACCGGAGGGUCACGCUCUGGGCCAGCAGCGCACCGCCGCUCUCUGAGCCACAGCCCUCUCCUCACAGCGUGCACGGUCUGUACUGCAGCCCUGCGGAUGGGAAUCCCAUCCUGCUCACGGCCGGCUCGGACAUGAAAGUAAGGUUUUGGGACUUGGCGUACCCCGAGAGGUCCUAUGUUGUCGUUGGAAGCACAAAUGCCCUGUCUGUGUCCUACAGCAAGAAGAUAAUCGAAGGCACGGAGGUUGUCCAGGAGAUUCAGAACAAACAGAAGGUGGGCCCGAGCGACGACGCCCCUCGGAGGGGCCCCGAAUCCCUGCCCGUGGGACACCAUGACAUCAUCACGGACAUUGCCACGUUCCAGACGACACAGGGCUUCAUCAUAACCGCGUCUAGAGAUGGGAUUGUUAAGGUCUGGAAGUGAAAACUGGUGACCUGUAUGUAUAAUUUGUAAAAAUGUGUAAAUAGACUGUAAUGCAAGAAAAAAGUAUUUUUAGAGAACAGAGUGAGAGUAGCCUCAUUUGCUUUAUUUUCAGACUCAUGUCUCUGUGUCCCUGUUUCAUGAUGAAACAGACUCCACACCAGAGGGCUGAGGGCGGGGCACGUGCCAGCAGACGUGUACCUCAGCGAGACUCAGCCAGACAGCCGUACCUGGCGUGUUCUUACGGUAGAUAUCAGAGCUGAGGGGUUAAAAAUGCUAUUCAAAGCAGCCAAUAAACUGUUCCAGCACCUGA